AUGGACUGUUUACCCCUGGUAGAGAGGAUUAGAGGAGGAGAAGAGGAUUACACUGAGACAGGCAUCAUCUGCAGGCGCAUUGUGGAGCUCUUGCAAGCGUCUGGUUCGAGCAAGGCAAGCAUUGAACACGUACGCCGUACUGCGAAUAAUGCUGCGCACAUCAUGGCUCAUAGUGAGACCCAUUGGGAAUGUAGAGAAGUGUGGAUCGAUAGACCACCGAUUUUCCUUGUUGACCAGCUGCUGCUGGAUGAUGUAACCGGUUUUACUUAA